AUGAUGUCGCGAAUGUGUCCUGAUGAUGUGGCCUGGGAACAAGCAGAGGAAACAGCUGACGCCUGGUUGGCUCAGUUUCUUGAUGUUGAUAUUUUAAGACCGAUCGCCGACUUCAUCCUCAAGCAUAACAGGGGGACUGCCACUGAGUUUGCAGUACUGAGAAAGGGAUCCUAUAAUAUCAGCCUGCGACUGACAUAUCGAAAUUGUGCUGCUGUUCUACGGCUGUCGCAGCCCGGUGCCGUUUUAUUCCCUGAAGAGAAAGUUGCGAAUGAGGUCGCCGUGAUGCGGUUUCUCAUUGACUAG